CACAGCACUACCACGUGAACGUGCUGCUUUGAGCACAGGUUUGACGGCGCUGGACAGAGGGACCAUGGGCCGCCUGGAUGGGAAAGUAAUAGUGAUGUCAGCAGCAGCACAGGGGAUUGGACGUGCCUCUGCAAUAGCUUUUGCUAAGGAAGGUGCCCAGGUCACAGCAACAGACAUUAACGGAGAGAAACUGAAAGAGCUGGAUGGAAUACCAGGGAUAAGAACCAAGAUUGUGGAUGUUACAAAGAAAGACCAAGUUGAAGCCCUGGCAAAGGAACAUGACCAUGUAGAUGUGUUAUUCAAUGUGGCUGGGUUUGUUCACCAUGGCUCCAUUUUGAAUUGUGAAGAGGCUGACUGGGACUUUACAAUGGAUGUAAAUGUGAAAAGCAUGUAUCUCAUGUGUAGAGCUUUUCUGCCCAAGAUGUUGGAAAAGAAAUCAGGAAACAUUAUUAAUAUGGCAUCAGUGGCAUCAAGCAUAAAAGGUGUUGUUAACCGAUGUGUCUAUUGCACCUCGAAGGCAGCCGUCAUCGGCCUCACCAAGUCCAUUGCUGCCGACUUUAUUGAGCAAGGCAUCCGCUGCAAUUGUGUGUGUCCUGGUACUGUUGACACUCCUUCAUUGAGGGGAAGGAUCCAGGCUCAACCAGACCCUGAGCAGGCGUACAAGGACUUUAUGGCAAGACAGAAAACUGGAAGAAUGUGCACAGCUGAGGAAGUUGCAUACUUGUGUGUCUACCUGGCUUCUGAUGAGUCUGCUUAUGUGACAGGAACCGAACAUAUUAUUGAUGGUGGAUGGAGACUUUAAGAAAUCACUGGUUUGCCUUGACAGCUGUGGGUUCCUUUGUGUCCUUUGUCAAAAAUAAAAUGCAAAGCAUUGAAAUAAAUCAAAUGAAAUA